AACACUGACAGAUCUCUUUCAUCUUUCCAAGAAGAUGCUUCCUCACUCUUUGCUGGCUUCGCAAUUGUUUCUGCUUCUCACAGUGCAGAUCUUGAGCACUGGAGACUGUUGGACAGGUUCACAGAAGCAGCGUCAAAAAAGGGAAUGGAUUGUACCUGUUAAAAAGAUUACAGAAAAUGUGGACUACAGUAAUGAGCAAUAUGUCAGCAAGAUACAAUCAGACAUUGACAAGGGCUUGUUACUGCGCUACACUCUGAAGGGUCCAGGAAUUGAUCAGCCACCUAUCGGUCAAUUCAUGGUAGACGAGUACAAAGGAUGGAUUCGCAUCGUACGGCCUCUGGAUCGUGAGCAGAGACAAAACUACACCAUUAUUGGCACCGCAUGGUUCCCUAACAACUCCAUAGCUGAAGAUAAUAUUAAAAUAAACAUCGUCGUGGAUGACCAGAAUGAUAACCCACCAGUUUUCAUCAAGCCAGAACGAUGCAGCGUUUACGAGGGGAGUCAAGUUGGGACUAUUGUAACACAAGUUGUGGCCAAAGAUGCAGAUGAGCCAAACACUCUUCACACUAAGAUAGCGUACAGCUUAAUCAAACAAGAGCCAAACAAUGGCCAGCUUUUCUUUGCUGUAAAUAAAGACAGCGGAAUAAUCUCUGUGAGCAACCAAGCACUUGACAGAGAGGAACACAGCUCUUAUGUUCUUACGGUGCAAGCUGCUGACAUGUAUGGAGGUGCUCAAGGAAAUUCUGCUACAGCUACUGUAUCUGUAGACAUCCUGGAUGUUAAUGACAAUAUUCCCACUUUGGAGAAGGAUGAGUUUUCAGUAAGCGUUGAUGAGAAUGUGGCACCCAUUGAGGUUUUAAAGAUCCAGGCACUGGAUAUCGAUGAAGAAAGGACAGACAAUUGGUUGGCCGUGUUUGAAAUAAUCUCUGGAGACGAGGAUGGACGUUUCUCUAUUAAAACUGAUCCGAGGACAAAUAUGGGUAUUUUGUACCUGAACAAGCCUGUUGACUUUGAGUCAGCAUCUAAUCUGAAACUGAACCUAGCUGUUGCUAACACAGCUCUUCCAGGAGCACCUAUAGGGAGUGGAGCAGGAGCAGCAGAUGCAGGUGCAGCUGGAGCUUCUGGUCAAUCUGGAGCUUCUGGAGCCGGUGGUCAAUCUGGAGCUUCUGGAGCCGGUGGUCAGUCUGGAGGAUCUGGAGCCAGUGGUCAAUCUGGAGCUGGCCCUGAAGUUGUGUUUUUGGGAGGAAACGGUAAACCAGGCUCCAAGAAAAAGUCAUACUUAGUGAAUAUCAGUGUAAAAAACAAACCAGAAGCUCCAAAGUUCCAGCCACAGGUCAAGCCUAUAUCUGUAUCUGAAAACACCAAAAGUUCUAUUCCAAGAGUAAUUGACACCUACACUGCUAUAGAAGAAGACACACAGAAACCAGCAGAAAAAGUCAAAUAUGCAAAGGGAUAUGAUCCUGACAACUGGAUUUCUGUUAACAUGGACACUGCUGAGAUCAAACUCAACAAGGUACCAGAUCGUGAGUCUCCAUAUGUGGUAAACGGGACCUACCAUGCCGAGAUCCUCUGCAUUACAGAUGAGCUGCCCGCUCAGACGUCUACAGGGACUAUAGCCUUGCAGGUGGAGGACCUGAAUGAUAACUGCCCCAAACUCCUUGAUAAUGUGCAGACUGUUUGCAGUGAUACCAGAGCAGUGAAUGUCACAGCAGAAGAUAAUGAUUUCUAUCCCAACGGAGCUCCUCUGGAGUUCAGCUUGAUACAAGAGAAGACAAAAGGCAAAUGGAACUUGCAGAGAAUAAAUGAUGUAAGUGCUUCAUUGUUCAUUGAAGGUGACUUAUGGCCUGGUUUUUACCAAAUCACCAUGGAGAUCAGAGACAUGCAAGGACUGACCUGCCCCGAUGAGCAAGUCCUCCAUUUAGAGGUUUGCACCUGCUCUGAAGGCGUGGUUUGUGGUGCAAAAAUGGCAGCAGUACACACUGCAUCAGCCACUCUUGGAGCGGCAGGAAUUAGUUUCCUGAUUCUAGGAUUCCUCUGCCUAAUCUUGGUGCUGAUGGCCUUAAUAAAAUGUGAAUGUGGGAGUGCUGAAAUAAAUUUUAUUGACAUGCCAUUUGAAACCAAGCAACACCUUAUGUCCUAUAGUACAGAGGGAAAAGGAGAAGAUAGGGUAAAAAAAAAUCCCUUCAUGAUCUCACACAGCUCAUAAUUAUAUUCUGAGGGA